AUGCCGCAGCUUUGGUCACAGGAUGCCGGCGGAGCCGCAGAGGGCGCCGCCGUCGGAAUUAGUGGUAGUCACGCCGCAAGACACGAAGGCGGCGGCUUCAGUCCCAGCCAUCUCCCCGCCAUUCUCCGCUCCCUCGCGGCGCACCAGCAGGCCGUCGAGGCCCUCGCGCCGCUCGCUACCGAGCCGCGGCGGCAGGCUGGUGAGUGGGAUGGGCGCACGGGGGAAGCCGCCGCCAGCGCCGUUGCCAGAGCUGCCCCCCCAUGGCGCAGUUCCGCCAGCCUGACCCCUGCAGUGGCGGUGGCGGCGCAAGCGCCGGGUUUUCUGCCGGCGGAAGGCAUAUUCCCGCCGCUUCCCCUCACGCGGCCGGCUCCCGCAGCUUCGUACCAGCGCGGGUCCCCCCGCUCCGCCGCAAUCGUCGCCGCUUUCCCCGCCUUCUCCUCCUCCGCCUCGUCCGCGCACCUUUCCGCAUCCGUCGCCGCCUCCCUCGCCGGCGAGCGACUCUGCUUGGUAGGAGGCGGAGUGAGCUUCGAAACGUCUCAAGACCCGCAACUACCGCAACUUGAAGCAGGGGACGGCUUGGCAGGUGGCGGGAUGGCGUCUAGUAAAGCGGGUGCAGAAGCGACGGCGGAACCCGCGGGGGCGCAGAACCCGAGCGCCAUUGACGCCCUGGCGUCCAUGAUUCUGGUUGCUGCGGCCGCUGCGGGCGGGCAAGGGGGCGGAUUCGCGGGUCCGCCGCAGGGGGCGGCGGAAGCAGAUGGAGAUGGGUAUGGGGAGUUUGGGGAUAGAACUGGGCAUGGCUUCUAUGGGCAUGGCUUUUAUGGGCAUGGGAAUGUGGAUGCGCUACUGCAGAGAAGAAACACGGCAACCAGCGGCACGGGGAACAUGGGGAACAUCGGAGGCGUGAUUGCCGGUACCAGUGCCAGCGCUGCUGCUGCCAAGAGAGCCCGCAGGAGCAGCAGCAGUGGCAGCUUGCCGCCACCCCUGCACCACUCCCAGGAGGACACGUGUCUAACUGCUGCUGCUUUUGGGAAUUCUCAAACGCGACAAGCUGCUGCUGCUGGUGCUGCUGCCACGGGUGCUGCUGCCACGGGUGCUGCUGCUGCUGGCAGCGGAAUGGCGCCCCUGUUUGCAGUGCAUCAGAAGUCGUCCCCACAGAACCUACGCCUGCCUGCUGCUGCUAGCGCCGCCUUGCCUCUUUCUGCGCAGAUUCCACAGAGCCUGCGGGAGCAGCUACAGCAGCAGCUGCAGCGGCAGACCAGCAAUUUGAGUGGCAGCGUCAGCGGCGGCGGCGGCGGUGCGAGCGGCGGUGCGGCAAGCGGUGGGGAGGGGCGUCCUUGGGCCGGCCCCACCAUCACCACCAUCACCACCACCUCGCUUGAAGGCGUGGGAAAGGCGUUCCCAGGGGCGUUCCCCCAGCACACUCAGGCGGCCCCUAACGCCCCCUCGCCCCUCCCCAUCUCCUCCCCACCUGCCGCCAUUCCCCUCCACCCUCCGCAUUCCUCUUUCCCCGCCAGCGGGCCCCCUGAUUCAUCACUAGUGGAUGAGAAACUAGAUGCAGUGGCACAAGCACCGGGUGAGAAGCGGAGGGAACGCAUAGCGAGUCAGAUGCGCACGCUGCAGCGGCUGGUGCCGGGCAGCAGUCGAGUGGACACUGUCUCUGUUCUCUCUGAUACCAUCCGCUUCCUCUGCAGCCUCAUUCACCAGAUUCAGUCGCUAGGAGCAGAGCCGGAGGGGUAUUCCACCAGAGAGGCUGCAGAAGCAGCAGCAGCAGAGGUGCAAAAGCUGGUUCGAGACGGCGUGAUAGCAAGCCGUCGCCCUGCAGCCAAUCAGAGGGCUCCUUCUCAAGGUGUCACAGCAGCAGACCCAGCUGUAGCAGGAGGGGCGGCUGUAGCAGCAGAAGGGCCUACAGUACCAGGUAGGGCUGUAGCAGCAAGUGGGGCAGUAGCUAGCCCCAACGCCCCUCAAGGCAGCACACACACGUCCUCCCAGGGGCCCUCGCAGUCAAUGCUUCCCACUGUAUCCAUCACUUCACCCUCGUUGGAGUGA